GUCGCCGAUGAGCGGGAGCCGCCGCGCACGACAUGCUCGAUAGGCGACGGCGACAUGGGCCAAGGGGACGACACCGACCGCAUCGUGAUCAACGUGGGCGGCACGCGGCACCAGACCUACCGCAGCACCCUGCGCACCCUGCCCGGCACCCGGCUGGCCUGGCUGGCGGAUCCCGACGCCCACGGACACUUCGACUACGACCCGCAGGUGGCCGAGUUCUUCUUCGACCGUCACCCGGGGGUGUUCGCGCACAUCCUGAACUACUACCGCACCGGCAAGUUGCACUGCCCGGCGGACGUGUGCGGCCCGCUGUACGAGGAGGAGCUGGCCUUCUGGGGCAUCGACGAGACGGACGUGGAGCCCUGCUGCUGGAUGACCUACCGCCAGCACCGCGACGCCGAGGAGGCCCUGGACAGCUUCGGCGGAGGCCCCGUGGACCUGGGCGGCGACGACUCGGCGGACGGCGAGGACGAGCUGGAGCUGGGCGGGAGGCUGAGCGACUGCCCGGAGGGGAAGAGCGGCGGCGGCGGGGGCCCCUGGAGGAGGUGGCGGCCCCGCGUCUGGGCGCUGUUCGAGGACCCCUACUCGUCCCGAUCCGCGAGGUACGUGGCAUUUGCCUCCCUCUUCUUUAUUCUGGUUUCCAUCACCACCUUCUGCCUGGAGACUCAUGAACUAUUUAACCCCAUUGUGAACAAAACUGAAACGGAAAUCAUUGGGAACGAAACGCAUCAGCGCUUUUACUUGGCAUCAGAGACAGAAGCCUUCCUGACUUACAUUGAAGGAGUCUGCGUGGUCUGGUUUACAUUUGAGUUCCUGAUGAGGAUUACCUUCUGCCCGAACAAGGUGGAAUUUGUCAAAAACACUUUAAACAUCAUUGACUUUGUGGCCAUUCUUCCUUUCUAUCUGGAGGUUGGACUUAGUGGCCUGUCUUCCAAAGCUGCUAAGGAUGUCUUGGGCUUCUUACGAGUUGUCCGAUUUGUGCGAAUUCUUCGGAUUUUCAAGCUGACAAGGCACUUUGUUGGUCUAAGGGUUCUUGGGCAUACUCUUCGUGCCAGCACAAAUGAAUUCCUGCUGCUCAUCAUAUUUUUGGCAUUGGGAGUUUUAAUUUUUGCCACAAUGAUCUAUUAUGCUGAGAGAAUAGGUGCUAAUCCCAACGAUCCCAGUGCCAGUGAACAUACACAUUUCAAAAAUAUCCCUAUCGGCUUCUGGUGGGCUGUUGUCACCAUGACCACGCUCGGCUACGGCGACAUGUAUCCUCAGACGUGGUCUGGCAUGCUGGUGGGAGCCCUGUGCGCUCUUGCUGGGGUGCUGACUAUUGCUAUGCCAGUACCUGUCAUUGUGAACAAUUUCGGAAUGUAUUAUUCCUUAGCUAUGGCUAAGCAGAAGCUACCAAAGAAGAAAAAGAAGCAUAUCCCACGCCCUCCCCAACUGGGCUCCCCCAAUUAUUGUAAAUCUGUUGUAAAUUCUCCACAUCACAGCACUCAGAGCGACACUUGCCCGCUCGCACAAGAAGAAAUGUUAGACGUGAACCGAGCAGAUUCCAAACUGAAUGGAGAGGUGGCCAAAGCGGCGUUGGCAAAUGAAGACUGUCCCCACAUAGACCAGACAAUAACGCCCGAUGAGGGCCUGUCCUUUACGCAGUCUAGCACUCGGGAGAAAGGUCGACCCUACUUUCUCCUUUCACCCGAGGAAUUUCCAAGCCCGCCUGAUGGAGGAGUAAGAAAGGGCAUGUUUUUGCAAAGAGCAUCGUGUCACUGCUAA